GCGUCGGGUCCUGCUGAGCAGCUGCUCUCCGGGGUGGGCGCCCUUCACGGUCGGCCUCCAGGACUAGGCGGCCAGCCUCUGUCCCUCCUCCGCUCUCCUCCUCCUCCUCCUCCUCUCUCCCUCCCUCCUUCCAUCCUUCUCUCUCUCUCCCUCCAUCCCUCCCUCUCUCCUUCCCCUCCCUCCUCGGAGCCGCCCUCCCGCACGAGCUUCCCGCGUCCCCCGGCAGAGGCGCACGGUGGCAGAGGCAGAGGCAGAGACGCGCAGCCCUGGCUGGCUGGCUCGCUCGCUCGCCCGCCCGCCCGCUCCUUCCCUCUCUCCCUAGCUGGCUCACCGGCUCCGUGAGACGCACAGGGACGCUCAAGCCGGGUCCCAGACAGGGGCCCAAUCCUACCCUAGCGGGGUUCCCCUCAACCCCCAGAAACGGGGCAUGAGCCGGAGCUCGGGAGGCCGCGGGAGCCGCCCAGGCAACUUUACGCACCCCCUCCCACUACACUCCGGGUUCAGUUCCUAGCGCUCCGGGAAGAUGGCAGCGAGGGGAAGGAGGAGAAGUUAGGGUGACCCUCCCCCUAGUUCCCCGAGGAAGAGGAUCGGAGGCAGUUGUCGCUGAGCAAGGUAUCGUCUUCUCUGCUCACUAGCCAUAACCAAGACAUCACCAACUGAGGGCCUCGGGAUCCUGAUUUGACUGGGUCACAGCAUCUUCUGAUUGUCCACUAUGAGCUCCCCAGCACAACCAGAUGGGGUGGCUGGUCGCGAGCAGCUGUUGGCUCAACAGAGAAUGCACAGCUUGAUCAACUCAGUGGAGGUGAAGUCGGAGGUUCCUGUGGCUCUGGACCCUGUCACGCCCUUGGACUUGAGGACAGAUCUCAGAAUGAUGAUGCCCAUGGUGGACCCUGUGCUGCGGGAGAAGCAGCUGCAGCAGGAGCUGCUUCUCAUCCAACAGCAGCAGCACCUGCAGAAGCAGCUGCUCAUCGCAGAAUUCCAAAAACAACAUGAGAACCUGACAAGGCAGCACCAGGCUCAGCUGCAGGAGCACAUCAAGUUGCAACAGGAACUUCUAGCUAUAAAGCAGCAGCAGGAACUUCUGGAGAAGGAGCAGAAAUUGGAGCAGCAAAGGCAGGAGCAGGAGGUGGAGAGACACCGGCGGGAGCAGCAGCAGCUGCCCCCUCUCCGAGGCAAGGAGAGGGGACGUGAAAGGGCAGUGGCAAGCACAGAGGUGAAACAGAAACUUCAGGAGUUCCUGCUGAGCAAGUCGGCUACCAAGGACUCUCCUACUAAUGGAAAGAAUCAUUCUGUGAGCCGCCAUCCCAAGCUCUGGUACACGGCAGCCCACCACACCUCCCUAGAUCAAAGCUCUCCCCCCUUGAGCGGAACCUCGCCAUCCUACAAAUACCCGUUACCUGGAGCACAGGACACAAAGGACGACUUCCCGCUUCGAAAAACUGCCUCAGAGCCCAACUUGAAGGUGCGAUCCCGAUUAAAACAGAAAGUGACAGAGAGGAGAAGCAGUCCCUUACUCAGGCGGAAGGAUGGAAAUGUUGUCACUUCAUUCAAGAAGCGAGUGUUUGAGGUGACAGAAUCUUCAGUCAGCAGCAGCUCUCCUGGAUCUGGCCCCAGCUCACCCAGCAAUGGGCCUGCCACCAACAUGGCAGAAGGCAGUGAGGCAUUGCUCAUACCACCUGCUCCACACCCAGAGCCAAUGGUUUCCCAGCAGCGUCUUCUGAUUCAUGAAGAGUCCAUGAAUCUUUUAAGCCUCUAUCCAUCUCCAUCUUUGCCCAACAUAACUCUGGGUCUUCCUGCUGUGCCCUCACAGCUCAGUGCUUCAUCUUCCAUCAAAGACAAACAGAAGUGUGAGGCCCCAGCACUGAGGCCGCCAGGAGUUACAUUGCCGGGGCAAUACGCGGGAAGCAUCCCAGCAUCUUCAAGUCAUCCCCAUGCUACCCUAGAAGGAAAACCCAACAGCAGCCACCAGGCACUCCUGCAGCACUUGUUACUGAAGGAGCAGAUGAGGCAACAGAAGCUUCUUGUGGCUGGUGGGGUUCCCCUCCAUCCUCAGUCCCCCCUGGCAACGAAGGAGAGAGUAUCGCCUGGCCUUCGAGGUGCCCAUAAGUUGCCUCGUCACAGGCCCCUGAACCGUACCCAGUCUGCCCCUCUGCCUCAGAGCACGUUGGCCCAGCUGGUCAUUCAGCAGCAGCACCAGCAGUUCCUGGAGAAACAGAAACAGUACCAGCAGCAGGUCCACAUGAACAAAAUGCUUUCCAAGUCCAUUGAGCAGCUGAAACAGCCAGGAAGCCAAUUGGAAGAAUCGGAAGAGGAGCUUCAUGGAGACCAGCCCAUGCAAGAAGAUCGGGCUCCCUCCAGCACCAGCAGUGUUCGGAGCGACAGCAGCUUGGGCCCAGAUGACAGCCAACAGGGCCCCCCCUUGGGGGUUGUGAAAAUCAAAGAGGAACCCCUGGACAGUGAUGAUGAUAUUCAACCUCAGGAAAUGGAUUCUGGGGAGCAGGCUGCUUUGGUACAACAGCCGUUCUUGGAGCCCCAGCCUGGACACGUACUCCCGACCUACCAAGCUCAGCUGGCUGUGGUUGGCACAGAAGCCUUUGACCAGCACCUCCUCGUCUCCAGGACUCGCUCUUCCCCUGCUGCCCCCACGGUGCCUCACCUGGCCGCGGAUCAGACGCCGCAACAUGUCUCUGAGACUGGCGUGGUGUAUGACGCUCUGAUGCUGAAGCACCAAUGCAUCUGCGGCCGCUCUGCCCUUCAUCCUGAGCAUGCCGGGAGGAUACAGAGCAUCUGGUCACGCCUGCAAGAAACGGGGCUCCUGAGCAAGUGUGAGAGGAUCCAAGGUCGAAAAGCUUCCCUAGAAGAAUUACGCCUGGUCCAUUCUGACCAUCAUUCUCUUCUCUACGGCACAGACCCCUUGAGCAGACAGAAGCUGGACCCCAGGAUGCUCCGAGGGGACACAUCUCAGAAGGCCUUCUCCUUGCUGCCUUGUGGUGGACUUGGGGUGGACAGUGACACCAUUUGGAACGAGCUGCACUCGUCUGCUGCUGCACGCAUGGCUGUUGGCUGUGUCAUCGAGCUGGCUUCCAAAGUAGUCUCAGGAGAGCUGAAGAAUGGGUUUGCUGUUGUAAGGCCCCCAGGCCAUCAUGCUGAAGAGUCAACAGCCAUGGGGUUUUGCUUUUUUAAUUCGGUGGCAAUUACUGCCAAAUACUUGCGAGAGCAGCUCAACGUCGGCAAGAUACUGAUUGUAGACCUGGAUGUUCACCAUGGGAACGGUACCCAGCAGGCUUUUUACGCUGACCCCAGCAUCCUGUACAUUUCCCUCCAUCGCUAUGAUGAAGGCAACUUCUUCCCCGGCAGUGGAGCCCCAAAUGAGGUUGGAAGUGGCCUUGGAGAGGGAUAUAAUGUGAACAUUGCCUGGACAGGUGGCCUGGAUCCCCCCAUGGGAGAUGUGGAGUACUUGGCAGCAUUCAGAACCGUAGUGAUGCCCAUUGCCAGAGAAUUUGGUCCAGAAAUAGUGCUUGUUUCCGCGGGAUUUGAUGCUGUAGAAGGCCACACCCCUCCCCUGGGUGGGUACAAAGUAACAGCAAAAUGUUUCGGGAAUUUGACAAGGCAACUGAUGCAGGUGGCUGAUGGCCAUGUGGUGAUGGCUCUGGAGGGAGGACAUGAUCUCACUGCCAUCUGUGAUGCAUCAGAAGCCUGUGUGAAUGCCCUGCUAGAACAUGAGCUGGAUCCUGUCCCAGAAGAUAUUCUGCACCAAACUCCAAAUAGAAAUGCCAUUGCUUCUCUACAAAAGACCACGGAAAUUCAAAGCAAGUACUGGAAGUCAGUGGAGAGGUAUUCAGGCUGUGCUCUGACUGGCACUCCGGAACAAGAGCAAGAGGAAACAGAGACUGUCUCUGCCCUGGCUUCCCUGUCUGUUGAUGUGGAUCAGUGCUUUUCUAAGGAAGACAGCAGACCUGCUGGCGAGCCCAUGGAUGAAGAUCCAGCCCUGUGAAGUGCCAAGUCCCCCCCCACCCUGGUAUUUCCUGUGUGUGACAUCAUUGUGUAUCUCUCCACCCCCAUCCCCAACCAAGCACCCUCAGACAUGUCUUGUCUGCUGCCUGGGUGGCACAGAUAGAAUGGAACAUAAACACUGGGCACUGAGCACACACAGCAGCUUCACUUGUCCCCUGGAUGGACUUGAACGGCCCUGCAAGAUUCCUUCAGUGUAACCGCUCUUAUUCUAAAGUUACAGGCAAUGAUACUGGGGAGUGACAGCCCCCGACGUAUGGGCUCUGAAUGUGCUAUGCGACCCACUGGCAGACAUGACAUUGGCCCUGAGCUAGCCCAUGGACUCAGAACUGUGCACAUCACAGGGAUGGUGACAGCCAAGACCAUCCAGGGGAAAGUUCUAAGAAUGGCCUUUCAGACAUGUUGAAUUGGUUUUGCUGCACUAAUUUUUUUCACAUGGUUUUCAAUUGUGGACAGGAUUUGUUUUCAGCUCUGAGCAAACAAGAUAACAUAUUGUAUCUUUGUUUUUACACCCUCGCAAAUUCUAGCAAGUGAGAGGUCAGAAUUUAGUAGAAAUGGGAUGAGGGCAUUUUUAGCCUGAAAGUAAGGGCUACCUCUUUUCAAGUCCAAUCCCCAAGGCAGGGCGUCUGUGGUAGGGCACACUUUGGAAUUCUCUUUUUUGAUUUUGCAAGAAAAUAAAAAUGUUGAUUUGUUUUGUGAGAAUGUGAUCAUCCCACUCAAGGAUCUCAGAUAGGAGGGUUCUGGUUUCUUUGGUGGCUGGAAGCCUUUUUUCCCUUUUAUUAAGAAUCCCUUGUCCUUCGAAAGACAGUCCUAUUGAACCUGUGGCCCACAGGGACCGACAUUUCCUUUGAAAAGGAAAUGAUUUUUACAAGACACCCAGACUUUGAUUCAAAAGUUUUUCUGAUGCUUGAGUUUUCCCCGUAUGAGCACCUCUCUGGCUCAGGUAUUUCUUGGCCGCCAUUUAGCUGGGUUACAUUUCUAGUUUAAGGUAAUUGCUGGACUCAAUUACAUUAUUUUCACAUGUGAGAACCCAGGGGUUGAGCAUUGUUGAUGAAACUUGGGAGGAUUUAGAUGAGUUUUUUUUUUCUUUUGAUCCUUGAAAUGUGUUGUGGUUAUUUAAGAAACAGCAUUAGCUACUUGAAUUCAUGUUGGUUAGUUUUAACUAUGAGCUGUGCCUUUAACCAGUAAUGGACCCUUGACCUUUCCACGUGUUGCCUUAUGGUCAGAAGGUUUAAAAAAAACAACAUUGGAAAUUUAUUUUCUGAGUUUAAAAUCAACUCAUAUUAUGAUAGGGAAGGUAAUUUUUUUCAGUAUUCUUUUUUCCUGUGCAGCUCAAUCACCUAAAACAUCAGAGGUGAAAUAUUACCAUCCAGGAUUCUUCUUGCAGUAUUUAAUACCUAGCAUUACUUUGGAAAGCUAUUGGUGUUCCUUUUUUAUAUAUAUUUUCCUAACUCAAAGGAUAUAUUAAAGCCAUAAGUGAAGAUUGUCAUGCUUUUAUUCAGAAAUCUAAAAGGAACCUUAAUUUAAACAAGGUUUGAGGGAAGGCCAUGCUCUGAAAGAUAUGCAGCAAUGUGGUUUGAGUUAGAGAGGGCUCAAACCUGUAAAUCAAAGAUGAAAGGUUUCACUCAAGGAGAAUUAUAUAACUCUCUUUUGUUAUACAGUCAGACUCUAUUUUUCAUGUGUUGGUGUUUUUUUUUAGGAUUACUAUUUUAAUUUUAAAGACUUUUAUUACAUAUACAAAAACUGCCGGAUACUUGGUUUAACAUCUUAGAAAUCUGAGCCACCCUUUGAAAUGGGUAAUCUGAAAGGGAAUGCAGCUCUGCAUUAGGUAAAAAAUGGACUUACAUUUUUGGGAAGGGGAAGGUUAAUAUUGAUUCAUCACAUUGAUUACAUUUUUGUAAAUUUCCUCCCAAGUUUUCACAGAAAACUCAUGACACCCUUCUUGCUCAUCAGUUGUGGUUGGUUUCCAGUUAUCAGUUCAAGAAAUGCAUUUUUAGAGACUUGGGCAGCUAGGCCUCUGUCUUGAAAAGAUAUUUUUUCCUAUCAUGUUGUUUAGCCAUGUUGCAACAUAUUUUAAUUAGAAACAUAAUAGUAUUGCUUUCAAAUUAACUUGAAAAUGUAAAAAUUUGUGAGCUCUUUUCUGUUCCCACCAGGCCUUGUAUUUUUUAAUGGGAAUGCAGAAGAAAUAAGUGUUGGCAAACUCCUGUAAAUUAACAGAAGCUUGUGGAUUGCUGCUGCAUUGGUGUAUAUUGGCAAAUCCAAGCCUCAGCCAUUUAACUCAUGGUGCAUUCAUAGAUAAAACAUUCAUUUGCCCUGUGAAGGGGGAUGCAUUGGCUCAGAGUUGGAGUCUGUGCAAUUCAGGGACAAGCAGAGAAACUUUGUAGAGGAUUAAGCAUGGCUGAAUGUGUUUCUGAGCCCAGAGCAACACUAUGUUUUAAUUAUGCCAUUAAAGGAAUAGUUGCCCUGAGGGAUGGAAUAGAGGCUUUUGGAGAAUAUCAACAGUUCUGAAACACACCAGACCUGGUGGAGAGGCCAGUGUCACUUGCUGGUGCAUUCUUCACACAAUCAUAUCAUCAUUGUUAUUGUUGUUAUUAUUAGUAGUAGUAGUUACCCAAAGGAGACUCCUCAGAGCCCUCUGUCUGCAUGUAAAUUUGACUCCUCUUGUUUUAUCAAUAAUCUGCCUCAUUCUUAAUGGACUCUGCUCAACAUAUGGAGGAAAAUGCAUAUGCAUAUACACAUACAUACGCACACACACAUAUUGUAACAUGCCCACAUUGGGAAGAAAAAAAUAAAGUUUUACAAAUCAGCAAAAAGGAGUUAGAUGAUAUAGCACUUAAUUUUUUAAUACCAAGGUACUCUAAAGGGUUCAGAUAAUGGGACCAAGAAGAAAAGAUCUCCUAUAGUCAAAUACUUAAACAAAACCAAGUUUUAAAAAAAAUAAUAAGCAUAGAACAGAUAAGUGUACUUGAUGGGAAAAUUAUAAAUACUUUAUCGUUCACAAUGGAGCUUGUGUAGAUGUGUGACUAAAUUUUAAAUGAUAUGCUUCCUUCAAAGACAAUAAAGUAUAGUUUCAGAUGAAUAUUUUAGUGCAUUUGCAGCAAAUAAUAGGAAAAAAUGAGUCCAUGUGCUAAGGUAUGGGAUCAAAGAAAGCAUAUUUAAAGCUAAAAGGGUCCUUAGAUGUGAUGUAGUCUAAACCUCCUUCCAUCUUUUUAGAGCAAAAAACUGAGUCCCAGAGGUCACGGAAUAUGCACAAAGUCACACAGGUAAGAAUAUGCAGAACCAAGAUCCCAACCUAGGGCUGCUAACACCAAAUGAAGUGGAGCUUCUACUGUAGUACACAGAAGAUUUUUGGAAAAGAAUUAUAGGCCACAUUUCUAAUACUUAGAAUGUGAAACGAAGCUCUCACUUUUCUCUCUCAUUUGCAUCUCUAUAAUUUCUAAGACAUGAUGAACUUUGGUUUUUAUCUUCGUAUCAUCCAGAGCUUGGGAACAAGAUGGGAUUUGGGGAACUGAACAAAUGUUUGCUGAAUGAAUGAAUGAGUGAAUGGCUGGACUUGAAACUGGGAUGCCUUCUGACACAAAGAACUCAGGGCCAGAUGGAAGAUGUACUCUUUCUCGGUCCUUCCAGCCACCUCCCUAAGAGCAGGACACUGCUUUCUUUCCAAAAGUCAACCAUAAAGACUUGUAAACCGACUUGGUCUCUUUACAGAAUCCAUAUGGAACCAAAACCAAGAAUGCUCACAGAGCUCCUCCUGGGACUGAAUUUUCUUAAUCAGGCCUCUAGUACCUCUUAGCUUAUCUAGCAUUCGUAUUUAAGAAAAUUUUUUAAAAUCAUUGUACAUUUCUUACUGAUUUUCCUUUGAUAGUUUCCACUUAGCUUGCCAUUAUUUGAGCAUCAUUAGAUUCUAAUAACUUCAAAUAAUAUAACCCAAAAGGUGACCAGAAGAAAGGGGAUUCUCUCCAGUUUUAGAAGCCAUCUUUUCUUGGAGGGCCGCAUUGUCCCAGAGAGUAAAGUUUCUCUUUGCAUUCCUAUGCUGCCUAAACAAUGAAAUCACUAGGUCCUGCAGAGAAUGUGGGGGGAAAAGGAGAAAGCAAGGGGAGGAACACACCUGUUGAGCAGUUUUCAUAAAGAAAGCAUUUUCAUAUCUCAAAGCAAUGGAAACCAGAUGAGCUGUCCUGCCUAUCUGAGAAAUGAAGGGCUCUCAUUGCUGUCAUCAUUAUCAUUAGUGUGAUCAUCAUCAGAUGCCUAUGAAACUCCCUUAGGGGACAAUGAUCCCUGAUGAGGGGAUCAUUCCUGUUUCCAUCAGGCUUUCAGAAGAAUGACAUUGUCCACAUUAUUGUCUUCACCUUUUCUUGGAAUACAAUACAACAAACUGAUGGAGAGCCAGGCCCUAUGCUAGAUGCUGAUGCAAAGAUAAAAAAGUCCCUGUCUUCAAGGAGCUUAUUUAUCUUCCAUUGACUAGAAUUGCUCAUCAAACUGAAAUUAAUUUUAAAAUACUAAAGUGUAGUUCCCACCAGGCAAGAGUUUACAAUUUUGGUGAACAGCUGUAAAGCUGAAGGAGGACACUGUUACCCCUUGGCUACAGACAGAAUGGGGACAGAGUCAAGGGACAGGGAGCAUGGAUGAGUCCUGGUAUUUUAUUGAGAUAGGGAGGUCUCCAAUGAGGACUCCCUCAACAUCCCCUAUCAAUGUAGGAAGGUAAAUCCUUGGCAGUUAUAGUCUUAAAGAGUUGUCUUAAGUCCUGACAAAUUAAGUGGGACUUAUUCUGGGACCUAUUUAUUAAUAUCUGAUUGUAUAAGAAGUUUUUCUGUACAAAAUGCAAAAGGAAAUACUUGAACUCAGCCUUCUGGGAGCUGAAAAUGUAUGAUGGGCACACUAUGGGAAUAGAUGCCCAUAUACAUAAGAAAUAACAAAGAUACAUUAUUAAUGAAUACACAGAUAGAAAGGGAGCUAACAUAACACGGACAACAAGCAUCUUCAGAUGUUUUUUAUUCACUGACACAUGACAAUAAAUAAAGCAGAGUAGAAACUUGCAGCAAAGGGAAUAUUUCUCCAAUAAGACAUCAGAUGUAUAGAACAUACACACACAUGCACACACACACACACACACACACACACACAAAGGGGGAGAUAAAGAGAGAGAGAGAGAGACUCUUACUGACUUAGAAAGACAGCAUGGCAUAGUGAUUAUAAAGCAGUCUCAUAUCUCAAAUCUAGGGGGGCUUGGAUUCAAAUUCCAUCUUUGACACCAGUGGUUUUGUCUCCCUAAGCAAAUCAUUUAUCAUUUUAGUACUCUUGGAAGUUCUCUAAUACUAUUAGUUCAAGAGGAAAUGCCAACUUUUAUUAGUAGGAGGAUUUUCCUCAUCAGAGAGUACCCUAUAGAAGCUAAAUCACAUAUGCUAUCCUCUAUUUUAAUCAAAGUUGGAAGUGAUUCUUUUUACUGUCAUAAUAGCAUAGUGCUUGGCACAUAGUGGACAAAAUAAAUGCAUGUUGACAAAUUGUCAUGAUUAAAAUCUCUAGACCAGGUUUGUCAACCUGUAUGCCAAUGACCUGGGGUUUCUGACUCAGUGGACUAAUAAAAGUGUCUUCUCUAUCUAGCUCUUCACUCUCUGUUUCUUUAAUGAGGCCAUUUUGUUAUCUUUGGCACACCAUUGGGCCUUGGUUGGCUUGGCUAGCUACAGUAAUGAUGUGUCCUUGAUAGCUGCUGUGAAAUAUAUGAAUUUCUAAGCCUAUUCUGAAGACUAUGAAGCCAUGAACUUGUCCCAGAUGUGCAGAAUUAAUCUGGAAUCAAGGAUUGAUACACACACCAUCAAAUUUAAUACUUUUCUCAUCUAUUAUUCUUGUUUGUGAUACAUUUUUGUAUCUGUAGGCAUACAUGGAAAAAUCCGCGGGUAUGCUCCCAAUCAUUGCUGAGAAUUGGUAUUUAGUCUGUAGAACACCGUCAAGUAUAUCCUCUGCAUAGGUUAUUUUGAAAAAUUCUUUUUGUCCUGUAUUUUGUAUCAUCAUUUGACUCCACUGUUGUCCUGGUGUGAAUAAAAGCCAUUUGAAAUGAA